CGGCCGCGGGCGGCGGCUGGAGCGCGGCUGGGAGCGGGGAGAGACGGAUCGCAGCAGAUACCAACUACUAACCAUGUCAACAGAGUUCCAGGAUUCUCACCUUGCAGAGGUGAAACCUCUGGUGGAGAAGGAGGAGGCUAUCACUCGCCUCCUUCCAGACUUUGACGUUCAGGAGCAAGAUGUGGAGACUGUGCAUGGCUCAGUCCAUGUCACCAUGUGUGGUACUCCUAGAGGGAACCGGCCGGCCAUCCUUACGUACCAUGACAUUGGGCUGAACCAUAAAACCUGCUUCAAUCCUCUCUUCAACUUUGAGGACAUGCAAGAAAUCACCCAGCACUUUGCAGUCUGCCAUGUGGAUGCACCUGGUCAGCAGGAUGGAGCACCGUCUUUCCAAGCUGGGUAUGUGUAUCCCUCCAUGGAUCAGCUGGCUGAAAUGCUUCCUGGAAUCCUGAAACAGUUUGGGCUUAAGACCAUUAUAGGAAUGGGAACUGGAGCCGGUGCCUACAUCUUAACGAGAUUUGCUUUAAACCACCCAGAGAUGGUAGAGGGAUUAGUUCUCAUUAAUGUCAACCCUUGUGCUGAAGGUUGGAUGGACUGGGCAGCAACUAAGAUUUCAGGUUGGACAAAUGCUUUACCAGACAUGGUCAUUUCACAUCUUUUUGGAAAGGAAGAGAUUCACAGCAACCAUGACCUGAUCCAUACUUACCGUCAGCAUAUUACUAAUGAUAUGAAUCAAACCAACCUUCAUCUCUUUGUCAACUCUUACAACAGUCGGAGGGACCUAGAGAUUGAGCGCCCUGUUCCUGGAAUAAAUGUUGUCACCCUUCAAUGCCCUGUCCUCCUGGUGGUUGGUGACAGUUCCCCAGCGGUGGAUGCUGUGGUUGAAUGCAACUCAAAGCUGGACCCAACAAGGACCACACUUCUGAAGAUGGCUGACUGCGGUGGGCUCCCUCAAGUUUCCCAGCCUGCCAAGCUUGCAGAAGCUUUCAAAUACUUUGUUCAAGGAAUGGGAUACAUCCCCUCUGCUAGCAUGACCAGGCUGAUGAGGUCCCGCACUGCUUCUGGCUCCAGUGUAACCUCUUUGGAAGGACAGAGGAGCCGAUCUCAUACCGGGGAAGGCACAAGGAGCCGGUCUCACACUGGUGAGGGAACAAGGAGCCGAUCCCACACUGGGGAUGGUGCCAGGAACCGCUCCCACACAGACACACGCAUUGAGCUGACGCCGAACUCUGCAAGCAACGCUGAACAAUCAAGCCCCAAAUCCAUGGAAGUGUCCUGUUAAAUGGCUGUGGGAGGUUUAAACUGGUCAGUGUGAAAAAGUAAUGGAUGCCCCCUGUGUAUCACAAAAAUAUAACUGGUAUUAAUCUGAAGUUAUUCUUUAGUAUGAACUUUGUUCACCAGGGUCUGACAGGGACCAAAGAAAAGAAGCAUCUCAUUUGCUCUAUCAUUAUUCUUGUAACUCAGACAGUUGCUGCUAUUGUGUCCUCCUUCAAUGGAUGCCAAAUUCUAAAGGAUACUUGCCAAAAGCUGAUGUGGUUGUAAACACUUCAGAGUCAAACCAGACUUGCUGAAUAUCUUCCUUUAAAAAUCAAAGCUGUUACAUGCCCCUUUAUCUCUUAUUCUCUUGAGUAAACUGGCACAAUUUGAGACAAGUUUCAAAGAGGGGGAGAAAAAAAAUCACUAUUAUAGAUGGUUUUUGAAGAAGGAAAAGAAACAAAUGUGUUAUGGCCUCAUGUUGAAGCUGGAGUCGAAUUCAUUGUAUAUAGCUUGACUUCAACUGAUAGAGAAGUUAAUGUAUCGUGCAUUUAUAGGCCUUCUAAUUCAUUAGUAUUCAAGCCUGUUUUCCUAUGUACAAUAAUAUACUACUAAAAUAGGCAAUUUUAAUGUGACUUUGAGACGAACUAAAUCUUUAAGCUUUUUUAUUUCACUUUUUUGAGAUUUAGUUCCAGUCUUCCUUUCCUUCCCCCCUUCUAGACCCUAAAACUUGCUUAGCCAGAUAAGGACAGGAUUUAAAUUUAAUAAGCAAGGUAGCAUUUCCUUGGAUCUUGGGCUAAAGAGUUUAUACCAUACUGCAAAAGUUGGUGUAGUUAUAACAAGUAGGGUAGCUAUAUGUGCCAGCAAAGCAGAAACGGCUUGAUUUUCUUCCUUCAGACAGCCUCUUAUCUUUGCAGCUCAAGUUUUUGUGUCCAGCACAAUUGUGAUAAAUUCUGACUUCUGUAAGUGAAGUCGGAUCCAGCUGUUCUUUGUCAGGAGAGAUGAGUAACUGUGGGAUGGCAUGUAAUUAGAUACUGUACAUUCAACUGCCACUAAUUACUACAUUUGAAACUCUUGAGAUCUCAGUGGUGCCCAGAAGUAUCUUCCACAAAGUGGCAGAGCAGCAACACUGUAUCUGUAAAAGUGUUUAAUGACUGCAUAAACAUUAAUGAUCUGCUGGUUCUGCAUCUUUUUAGGUAGCCUCCUGAUACCUUGGGUUACUUUCUUCGAUGCUAGUGGUUCAAUACCCUUCCACCAGUCAGAUUUUCACAGUUGAAUGUUCUGAAGUUUGUCCUUCCUUAAGUAGUGGGAUAGGAUUUCCUGAGUUCCGAUGAGUACCUGCUGAUUGCAGUCCUCACACAAACAAGAAAACUCAAAUGCC